UGAGAUCUCCCUCCUCCUUCCUACCUUUGCAAUUAGGCCUCGCAUUCAAUAUGGGGAAUUGCAUAGUCGUUGAGAAGAAGGAGGUGAUCAAGAUAAUGAGGAUAGAUGGCCAGAUCCUUCAGUACCAAUCACCAUUGAAGGUCCAGCAGGUGCUGAAUGAGUUCCCCGGCCACGCAGUCUCCGAUUCACUUCCGGUGAUCACAUACUUGGAUCCGGCUGCUUCCAUGAGGCACGGACAGCUCUACUAUCUCCUACCACCUGAGAAACAGAUCACAGAGGCUGAUGGUGCAGUCGGAGUUGUCAGAAUCAAGUUGGUUAUUACCAAACAGCAACUCAAGGACAUGCUAAGCAAGGGAGGAAUUGCCGCCGCCGACAUGCUAUCUAUUCUCCGAAGAGAACAGAGCAAUAAACAUGGUGCUUCGAGUGACAAGGAGAGAUCUAUAGAGUGGAGGCCUACUUUACAAAGCAUACCAGAAGGCAGUGAUUUCUGCUAGCUAGGCAUAGAGAAUAGAGAUGUAUCUAUCUGAAUGAUAUGUUAAGUUUGCAAGUUACAGUGACAUAUAUAUACACAUGUAAUCAUAGGGGCUCUCUUUCUCUUCUCUUCUCUUCUUCUCUUUAGCAGAGAAGAGCAAGAUAGCCCAUGGACGCAUGAACUACAAUGAAUUCUGUUGUACACCAUAGUGUUUUCAUGUGCAAGUUAACCACUCAACAGUUGAUGAAGUGGAUAAUCAUGCACAUCCACCAGUUAAGUUGCAGUGAUGAUGAUGAAGUUGGCUAGUGCA